CAUCAUUUGUAACCAUAGAGCAUGAAUUACCUCUUGAAGUCAUCAGUGAGAAUUUACGACUGGUCAACAAAGCACGUGAUUCUCAAACGCACCCCCACCCCCAUAUUUGGCCGCAUACAUAGCAAAAACGAAGUACAGUGCAUUGCUAUAAUUCAUUAAUACAUCAUAAAUCGUGAAGCACAGCGUUAUAACGACCAAGAUCUACAAAUCAAGCCCUCUAAAACAACCUAAAUGAGCUCUUACUUUGUAAACUCGUUCUCAGGGCGCUACCCAAAUGGCCCCGACUAUCAGUUACUAAAUUAUGGAACUAGCAGCAGCGCUAUGAACGCCUCGUACAGGGACUCCAGCACCAUGCAUUCGGGCUCUUACGGCUACAACUACAAUGGGAUGGACCUGACCGUCAAUCGUUCAUCCAAUACGGGCCACUUUGGGGCUAUUGGGGAUAACUCCCGGGGUUUCCAGUCUCCCGCUCCGGAGACGCGGUUCAGGCAGCCGUCAAGCUGCUCGCUGGCGUCCCCGGAGCCGCUGCCGUGCUCCAACAGCGAGAGUCUGGGACCCAAAUGCUCCUCGCCCCUUUCCGACCAGAGCGCCUGCACGACGGGCAGUAACCUCACCAACACCACACAUUUCACUGAAAUAGACGAGGUGAGCGCUUCCUCCGAGACCGAGAGGGCCCAUAGAGCCAGCGGCAACACCGCCGCCCGGACGCAGCAGAAGCAAGAGUCCACAGCAACCUCCACCACCACGGCAUCGAGCGAUGGCCAAGCACCACAGAUAUUCCCUUGGAUGCGGAAACUGCACAUUAGCCAUGAUAUGACUGGACCAGACGGCAAAAGGGCCCGAACAGCUUACACUCGCUAUCAGACGCUAGAGCUGGAAAAGGAGUUCCAUUUCAAUAGAUACCUUACCCGGAGGAGGAGAAUAGAGAUAGCCCACGCGCUGUGCCUCUCAGAACGGCAAAUAAAGAUCUGGUUCCAAAACCGAAGGAUGAAAUGGAAAAAGGACAAUAAACUGAAGAGCAUGAGUCUGGCUACUGCAGGUAACGCUUUCCAGCCAUAGACGUCACGCAAGUAAAUAAUACACUACGUGGGGUGAAAAGAAUACACACAUUCAAAAUAGUUUUUAAAAACAUUAUAACUGAGUACUGUACAGCGGGCAUCUUUUGGCAUGAUGUUGAUGUUUUAGGGCAACUUAACUUAUACUGUUGUACUGCUUCUAUAAAAAACAGUUCAUAUUCAUAUGU